AUGGAGAAAUGGAAUUUGAUUAGAUAAGAAUGCAAAGAUUAAUCAGAAUCUGAUAUUGCUUAUUUAUUCUAAAGAUUUCCAAGUCUUCAAAAUCUACUUAAAAUUAAAAUUUUAGACACCUUACCCAACUCAUAUUUAGUUUGCUAUGCACUAGAAAAAUGCACUCUUCUUGGUGAUAUUGCAGUUGUUCUUAAUUUGAAAACCAUAUAAGGAAUCAUUAUUUAAUUAGAAAAUAUAUAUUAAUUGGAUUGUGGCAGGAGCAGAUAAGAGAUUGUUCCUUGA